AUGUCUUAUGAUAGGUAUGUGGCCAUCUGCAAACCUUUGAAAUAUCCCAUCCUCAUGAGGAAAAGCAUCCUUCAUGUGAUGUCAGUGGUGGCCUGGUUUUGGUCUAGUCUCCAGGCACUGUCCUGCUCUCUUUAUGUCCUGCCCCUUCCCUACUGCAAAUCCAAUGUGAUUAAGCAUUAUAUAUGUGUUUAUCCAGCCCUUCUACAACUCUCUUGCUCAGAUAAUUCUAUUUUUAUAAGAAUAAGUUAUGGUGGAAGUUUCCUAGUCCUUCUCCUUCCCCUCUCAGUCAUCUUCUCCUCCUACAUUGCUAUCCUCCUUCAGGUUCUGAGGGUACAAUCUUCAGAAAGGAGCCACAAGGCCUUGACAACCUGUCUGUCCCAUCUCUGCGUGGUGGGUUUCUUCUAUGGAGCAGCCAUUGUGAACUAUAUGACUUCAGCUUCUUCUUAUUCUGCUGAAAGGUCUAUGAUUAAUGCCGUAUUUACUACCAUCUUCCCUGCCACCAUGAAUCCUUUCAUAUACAGCCUGAGGAAUCAAGACGUCUUAUCCGCACUCAAGAAAUUAUUUGUAAAAUGCAAACAGAGUAAAUGA